GCUCAGUUCUCAGACAAAGCGCGUCCAGCGACUUUAGACUUGAUGUAAUUCCUCACUGACAGGGUGAGAAACCCAGACUUUCUGCUGAGGGUAGCCCCCUUGGAACCGAAUGAAGAAACAAAUCUUACUACUUUUCACAUACCGUGGACUAGUAAGAAAAGGGAAGAAGAGUAAAAGAAGAAAAUGGCCAAUUUUAUAUUACGGAAAGCCGAGCCCAAGGACGUGUCUGACAUACUGCGACUCAUAAAGGAACUUGCGAAGUUCGAGGAAAUGGAGGAACAGGUCGUCCUGACCGAGAAAGAGCUGCUCGAGGACGGUUUCGGAGAUCAUCCGUUUUAUCACUGCGUCGUCGCUGAAGUACCAAAAGAUAAACAGUCCGUUGAAGGUUAUACAGUAGUUGGCUUUGCCAUGUACUACUUCACCUAUGACCCCUGGAUUGGGAAGCUGCUUUAUCUGGAGGACUUCUAUGUGAUGAAGGAGUUCAGAGGUUAUGGGAUGGGCUCUGAAAUCCUGAAGAUGCUGAGUGAGACGGCAGUGAAGACUCGAUGCAGCGGCAUGCACUUCAUCGUAGCCGAGUGGAACACGUCGUCCAUCGAGUUCUACAAGCGGCGCGGAGCGUCUGAUCUCUCACACGAGGAGGGAUGGCGUCUGUACGAGAUUGACAAGUGCAACCUACUCAAGAUGUCAUCCAAGUAGACGCCAGUGCGGGAGGAAACGUUCCACAGAGGAGGAUCAUGACUACAGCUAUUGUUGAUCACACCUGCAAUGUAUCAGUCAAUAAAUAAAGAUUAUACUCUGAGAAACA